CGUUCGCGACACCGUCGCCAUGACCAUUUGUCAGUUCUUCCUUCAAGGCCGCUGCCGCUUCGGAGACCGGUGCUGGAACGAACAUCCCGGCGCCAGGGGUGCGGGCGGAGGACGGCAGCCACAGCCCUCAGGUAGUAACAGAAGAGGAUGGAAUACCACCAGUCAGAGAUAUUCCAAUGUUAUCCAGCCAUCCAGUUUCUCCAAGCCUACACCAUGGGGGGGCAGCAGAGAUCAAGAAAAGCCAUCUUUUGCUUCUUUUGAUUCUGGAGAGUCCGCUAGCAAGAACAGGGGAUUUGGCUUAUCUCAGAACCCAUUUGCUUCACCUGGCUCUGAUGACCAGAAAGAUGAUAAGAAGCUUCUGGAAGGAAUUGUUAAAGAUAUGGAGGUUUGGGAAUCAUCAGGGCAGUGGAUGUUUUCUGUUUAUUCACCGGUGAAAAAGAAACCGAAUAUUUCAGGUUUUACAGACAUUUCACCAGAGGAGUUGAGACUUGAAUACCAUAACUUCUUAACCAGCAAUAACUUACAGAGUUAUCUAAAUUCUGUCCAGCAGUUAAUAAAUCAGUGGAGGAACAGGGUGAAUGAACUGAAAAGUCUAAAUACAUCAAUGGCAAUAGCUUUGCUCUCCGAUUUACAGGAUGGAGUGAAUCAAGCAGCACCUUCAUUUGGUUUUGGCAAUAGGCAAACAGUAACAUUUGGGUCACCAGGUUUUCCAGUGAAUAACAGCAGCAGCAGCAGCGCUCAGAAUUUUAGUUUUAAACCAAGCUCUGGAUUUGCUACAGCCCCUUCUGGAAGUCCUCCUGUGUUUGGGAAUACUCCAGCCUUUGGAGCUGUACCUGCUGCCAGUUCUGCCAUCCCUGCUGCUACUCCGACUUUUGGCCUUAGGAAACCCGAAAUCACAUCUGCUGCUUCAUUUUCAUUUAAAACCCCUGCAGCUUCUGGUUUUGGAUCAUCUGGAUUUUCAGGAUUUUCGCCUUCUAUGGCAGCAAGCCCUGUUGGAUCUCCAGUGGCCCUAGCCUUUGGAAGUGGCAGUUCUGCAGCUGGUUUUGGUAGCUCAGGCUCACCGCCUCACACUGCUUUCUCUAAGUCAUCCAGUGAUGCCUUCGGAAACAGCAGUGUACCCACUUCUCUCUCUUUCUCACUUGGCAGCGCCACAACAGAUAAUGCAUUAUUCACACCCAAGGAUCAACUAACAGCAGAAGAACUGGAACAAUUUCAAUCAAAGAAGUUUACUCUGGGAAAAAUUCCAUUAAAGCCACCACCUGUGGAACUUCUAAAUAUUUAAAAGGGCAACUUUAAAUACAGAACAGCUUUUAAAAUUGUUUUGAGUGGUUCAUAUGAAAGAGAAGGAAUAUACAUACACACACACGUGUAUAUGCAUAUAUAUGCAUAUAUAUUUAUAAAAAGUAUAAAUUUUCAAUAACAUUAGGAGUUCUUAAAUUUAACAUUUUUUCCUUGACUCUAGCUAUUUAAGUAAAACAACAAAAACUACUCAGCAACAGAUUUUUUCUUUUUUUUUUUACUGUAAUGAUGAAUGGAACUGAAAAACCUGUCAGGGUGCACUGAAUAAAGUACUUUUCUCAUUCUGUAUCACUUUAUACUGUCUUACCAUUUAAAAUUUUACCUUUAAACUUUUUUUUUUUAAGGAAAGAGAUAAUUUCUAGAACAAGUAGGGAAAAAAUGCUUAAGUGUUUAGUCUGCCUGCUGAAUAAACAUCAGCAGCAUGGUGACUUUCUUUUGUGUUAAAGAAGAUUCUCUUAAAGAGAGAAAUAUAAUUUUUAAAGGGUAAAAGCUUUUAUUUUUAGUAACUAAGAAGCAUUUUUGCCUCAUAAUUUUUCCUCCUGUUUUGGCUAUCUCAUGAACCAUUUGAGUUUUUGUCAACAAUUUCAUGCUAGUUUUUAUCUUGGCCUAAUUUUUAUGUAAUUCUAUUUUUUCCUCACAUUGUCUCAUCAAGUGGAUGGAUUGUAAGAGGACUAGAAAUUAUGAUCUCAUGUAGAUGAAGAGCAUAUGUGUAUAUAUAUAUCCUUUGUAGAUGCAUAAGACAUUUCUGGAAGAAUAAGAAACUUGCUAAUAAUGAUUACCACUGGGAAAAGAAUUGGUGUCCGAGUUAGGAGAAAUACUUUAUAUACCAUUUUGAACUGUUUGAAUAUUUUACCAUGUACAUGUGGUACUUUGUUUUUUUAAUUAAAAGAAGAUCAUGAAAAAUUAGGAAACUUUUUCCAAUUAAACAUUAUUGGCAAGUUUAAUAAUAUGUAUGAUCAAGCUAGUUUUUCAGGAUGCAUUUUUGAAAAGAAUUUUUUUUAAACAAGUAUUCAAGAUGCAUCUUCUCUAGGCUUUUUUCUUUUCAAGUAACAGAGAAGUAACUUUAUAACUGGAAAAAGGUCAUUGAAGAACAAGUCUAGGCUUUCUUCCACCUCCAUUUACAUUAUUAAGGUAUGCUUUUAUUCCUUUUGGUGUAUUUCUUAAAACCUUUUUAUAAAAUAUGCUUAUUAAAACAACUUUGGAAACUUACAACAAGGAAAUUAAAAUUACCAGUAAUCUCUUCCCCCCAAGAAUAGUGUGUAUAGAGGGAUGAGGAUUCACCAGCUGUUUUUCUAGAGUUUCUAUUAGAUUUUUCAGAUGUGUUUGGGUCUCUCUGUGUCCUCAGAUUGAAGGAGUAGUAUCUUAUAUAUAUGGUUGAUCCAAACAGCCAGAGACAUCAUUAGUUGAAGCAUACGUGUCAAGAGUCCUGUGUUCCUUUUUCAAGCCUCAGAAAAUAUAUAACUAGCACUGCAAGAACAGUUUCUUUACACAGAUCAGGUGUUGAAGUGAUUUUUUUUUUUUUUAAACGUCAGACGGGUAAUGUACCGGUGUCGUAAAAAGGUUUGGAGGGAGGCACAUGUCAUGCAGCAGCGUGAACACCCAAUCAUCACACUCAUGAACUACAAAAGGAUCUGAACUGAUUUUUAAGUGAAAAUCUUACCUAUUAAAGAUAUAUGCACCACAUGAUUUUAGCAUAUAUGCAAAGGAUUUGGUCCUCAGGGGAUCCAGAUUCUCUGUUGUACACUUUUUGAAGAACUUUAUAACUCUUUAAGUUUCGGAACCCCAGCACUCCAAAUAAGAGGUGUAUGUUUGAAUUUUAGUAUAUGUGCUGCUGAAGCAAGCACGAGGUGUAUGUUUGAAACCAUCCUUGGUAUAGAGAUGAUAAGUAGACCCCAAGUUCCUGUUUUGAUUUCAAGUUCUUUAUAAGGACUUUCCAAUAUUUGUUUUUUUUUUUUUUUCAACUUACAGUUCACUCCUAGAGUUCUCCUACCCUGAUGGAACGAACCCUGCAUAAAGGUAGAUUAAGUUUCAAGACCCUAAAAAGGAGUGAAGGGAAGAGGCAACCAAAAGGUACAAGAUUUAGAUUUAUUCAGUGAGGCAAGAACCAAUUCUGACAGAGCUGGUCAUAUUGAAAGUACACUCCCAGAUAGGCACAGACAGACGCAUUUCACAGCUUCUACAAUGGCUGCCCCUUUUCCCUAGGACUUAGAGCAAGGGACAGAAUUGCAUAAGGUUUUAUUACAAGUAAAAUGAUCUAACUAGCUUGAUUAUUUGAUCACAGAAGGAUAGAAGUAUAACAGCUGAGAGCUAAUUAGAAAGAGAAGCUGAUAUUAAAACUAUUUAAAAGGUAUAAUAUGGUUUAGCUAUAGAGUAUGUAUUGUUCAAGUAUUGUUUAUAAGAGUAAAAGAAUCCAAUCUGUUGUCCAACAACAGGAAAUUGGUUAAUCUGGUAGAUUCAUAUAUUGGAGUACAGCUUUUCUAAAUGACCUGGGUUUCACUCUGUAGUCAAUGGGCAAAAGCUUGUUAUUUAUUUAUUAUUAUUUUAUUAUUAUUACUCUAAUUGCAUUGACUGGGACACUCAGUACUGUGUUGAAUAGUAGUGGUGAGAGGGGGCAUCUUUGCCUUGUUACUGAUCUUAAAGGAAAAACUUUCUUUCAUGCUGUGGCCUUUUCAUGUAUGGCUUUUAUUAUGUUGGAGUAGUUUCCUUAUUUUCCCCAGUUUGUUGAGUGUUUUUAUCCUGAAAAAGUUUUUACUUUGUCAAAUGUUUUUUUAUGCAUCAGUUGAGAUGAUCAUAUGGGUUUUGUCCUCCAUUUUGUUAAUGUGUAUUUAUAUUGAUUGAUUUUGUAUGGUGAACCAUCUUUGCAUUCCAGUUACAAAUCCCACCUAAUCAUGUGUAAAUACUUUUAAUGUGCUAUUGAAUUCAGUAUACUAGUAUUUUGUUGAGGAUUUUUGUAUCAUUAUUUAUCAGGAAUAUUUGCCUACAGUUUUCUUGUGUCUUUUUUUUCUGGUUUUGGUAUCAGAAUAAUGCUGGGUUCAUACAGUGAGUUUGGGGAUGUUCCCUCCUCUUCAGUUCUCUGAAAAGAUUGGUAUUAAUUCUUUAAUUGUUUGAUAAAAUCCUUCAGUGAAGUCAUCUUGUCCUGGUUGGGCAGUGUUUGAUUACUGCUUCAAUCUCCUUACUGUAGGUCUGUUCAGAUUCUUUACUACUUGAUGAUUUAGUUUUGGUGGUUUGUAUGUUUCCAGGAAUCAAUCCAUUUCUUCUAGGUUAUCUAAUUUGUUGAUAUUUAAUUGUUCACAGUAAUCUUUUAUAAAAAUCCGUUUUUAUUUCUGUGACAUCAGUUAUAAUAUCCAUUCUUUUGAAUCUAAUUUAGUUAUUCAAAUCUUUUAGCUCUUUUUCUUAGUUAAUGUAGCUAAGGAUUUGCCAAUUUUUUUGGUCUUUUUAAAAGACCAUGUCUUAGUCUGCUAAUGCCACCAUAAUAAAACACCAUAGACAGGGUAGCUUAAAAAAUAGACAUUUAUUUCUCUCAGUUUUGGAGCCUUGAAGUCCAUGUCAGGGUGCCAGCAUGGUCAGUUCUGGUGAGAACCCUUUUCCUAGUUUGCAGAUAGCUGCCUUCUUGGGUACUAAGAUGACCUUUUCUUGGUACAUGUGCAUGAAGAAAUAGAUUUCUCUCUCUUCCUCUUCUUACAAGGCCACUAAUCUUGUCAUGAGGUUGCCAUCCUCAUGACCUAAUUUAAACUAAUUAUCUCUCAAAAUACCCCCACCUCCAAAUACCAUCACUUUGGUGGUUAGGGCAGCAACACAUGAAUUUGGGUAAAGGACACAAACACUCAGUUGGUUUUAUUGGUUAUUGAUUUUUCCACUGUUUUUCUAUUCUCUAUUUCAUUUACUCUCCUUUCAUCUUUAUUAUUUCUUCUGCUAAAUUUAGUUUUUUUUUCAAGGUAUAAAAUUAGAUUAUUGAUUUGAGAUCUUUCUUCUUUUUAAUGCAAGCAUUUAUCUCUGUAAACUCCUCUCAUCACUGCUUUUGCUUUCUUAUCACUGCUUUUGCCUAGGUUUUGAUGUGUUGUAUUUUGUUUUCAUUUGUUUCUAAGUAUUUUCUAAGUUCCCUGUGGUGUAUUCUUUGACCCAUUGGUUGUUUAAGAAUGUGUUGUUUAGUUUUCACAUAUUUGUGUUUUUAUCUUCUGCUGUUGACUUCUAGUUUCAUUCCAUUAUGGUCAGAGAAGAUAACUUUGUAUGAUUUCAAUUUUCUUAAAUUUGUUAAGACUUGUUUUGUGGCCUAAUAUGUGGACCGCCUUGCAGAACAACCAUGUGUACUUGAAAAGAAUGUGUAUCCUGCUGUUCUUGGGUGAAGUGCUCAGUAUAUGUUUGGUUCAGCUGUUCUUUAGUGUUAAGUCCUCUGUUUUUUUUUUUAAUUGAUCUCCUCUUUGUUCUAUCCAUAACUGAAAGUGAAAUAUUGAAAUAUGCUACUGUUACUAUGUUGCUGUCUAUCCCUCCCUUCAGUCCUGUCAAUGUUUGCUUUAUAUAUUUGGGAGUUCUAAUGUUAGGUGCAUGUACAUUAUAAUUGUUAUACCUUCCUGGUGAAUUGAUACUGUUAUUAUAUAAUGUCCUUCUUUGUCUCAUAUAAUAGUUUUGGUUUUAAAGUCUGUUUUAUCUUAGUAUGGCCACUUCUCCUCUCUUUGGAUGCUUGUUUUCAUGGAAUAUUUUUCCAUCCUUUUAGCCUAUGUGUAUCUUUAGAUCUAUAGCAUGUGUAUCUUUAGAUCUAUAGCAUGCCUCUUGUAGACAACCUAUUAGUUGGUUCUUAUUUUUUAUCCGUUUAGCCCAUCUGUGUCUUUUAAUUAGUGUAUUUAACCUAUUACAUGUAAAGUAAUUACUGACAGGAAAAGACUUACUAUUGCCAUUUUGUUCAUUGUUUUCUGUAUAUGUUAUAACUUUUUUGUUCUUCCUGCUGCCUUAUUUUGUGCUAUGCUGGGUUUUUUUGUUGUUGUUGUUGUUAGUGACACAUUUGAUUCCCUUCUCAUUUCCCUUUGUGUAUAUUCUAUAAUUUCUCUGUGGUUACUGAUGUAAUUACAUACAGUGUUUUAAAGUUAUAAUAUAUAU